AUGAACAAACGUGGCUUCUCAUCGGUGGGUUGCUUACUUCAGCGAUGCUUCUUAGGCCUGUCUCACCUGCCGCCAGGCCGGGUCGCGGAGCAGAUGGGGGAUUUGGAACACGCGCUGUCGGCCUAUGAGAACGCGCUUCGUCACAACCCGAUGUCCCUUUCGGGCUUAACGCAGGUCGCGGGCAUCGCCCGCAUCAAGGAAAACUACCCAAAGGCUGUAGAGUUCUUCCAACGCGCGCUCACCAUCCAGCAGGACAACGGCGAAGUAUGGAGCGCGCUCGGCCACUGCUACCUCAUGCAGGACGACCUCCAGAAGGCGUACGCAGCCUAUCAGCAAGCCCUCUAUCUUCUCCCCAACCCGAAGGACCCCAAACUGUGGUAUGGCAUCGGAAUAUUGUACGACAGAUACGGUUCAUUGGAUCACGCCGAAGAGGCGUUCGCGUCCGUGCUCCGGAUGGACAAAGAGUUCGACAAAGCCAACGAGAUCCUCUUCCGUCUCGGCAUCAUCUACAAGCAGCAGGCCAAGUAUGACGACAGUCUCGAUUGCUUCGAUAAGAUCUUGCGGAAUCCGCCGAGCCCUCUCGCCCACGCGGACAUUUGGUUCCAAAUCGGCCACGUUUACGAACAGCAGAAAGACUUCAUGAGGGCCAAGGAUGCCUACGAGCGUGUCGUCGCCGAAAAUCCCAACCACGCCAAGGUCCUGCAGCAGCUCGGAUGGCUGUACCACCAAGACGGCUCCUCGUUCCAGAAUCAGGAUCUCGCCAUCCAAUAUCUCACGAAGAGCCUCGAAGCGGAUCCCUCCGAUGCCCAGAGCUGGUACCUACUUGGCCGCGCCUAUAUGGCAGGCCAGAAAUACAAUAAGGCAUACGAAGCGUACCAACAGGCCGUCUACCGCGAAGGCAGGAAUCCCACCUUCUGGUGCUCCAUCGGUGUCCUUUAUUUCCAGAUCAACCAGUACCGCGACGCGCUGGACGCUUACUCGCGGGCGAUCCGGAUCAACCCUUACAUCUCUGAGGUCUGGUUCGACCUCGGCAGUCUCUACGAGAGCUGCAACAACCAGAUCUCGGACGCCAUCGACGCUUACGCCCGGGCCGCCGAGUUGGACCCCAAUAACGGCGUCAUCAGGCAGCGACUUGAACUGUUGCGGAAUGCGAAAGCGACUGGCAACCCCCUGCCAGCCGCGCCAGGCCCUCAAGAUGUCCAUCCC